GAGUCCGUCUCCGCGGCGAGCGCCGAGCCCGAGCAAUGGGGCGCGGCCUGGGCCGCCAGCCAGGGAGCGGCCCGGCCGAGCUGCCAGCUCAGGCCGAGGGGCCGCGGGCCAGGCCGCGGCCGCGGCCGUGGCAAGGGCAAGGGUCGCGGGCAGGGCCGCGGUCGCUGGCUGUGGGCCUGCCUGCCGCGGCUGGAGGUUCUGGAGGUGGUUCUGCUGGAGAGGCGCCGAGCAGUGCGGCUCGCCCCGCCCUGCUGGCCGCUGCCGCGUCCGCUGCUGGCGGCUUCGCGGAGGCUGGGGCUGCGGGCCAGAGCGAUGUCGGGGGCGCCGUUGGGGUCUCGCGCCCUGCCCCCGCCGCGGCGGCUGCUGCUCCGCGCGUCCAGCAGUAUGAGACCGCAGACGCGCCUCAG